AUGCUGUUUUCAAAUUACGGCGAUUUUCAAACAGAAAACAGGACAAGAUUAUCAGCUAAACUGAGACAAGAUCGGUUUGUUCGUCGACUUAUUGGAAUGCUAGGACUUCAAAGAAAGCUAAAGACGAUUCUCCUGGUUUUACUAGUCAUCUACUUAUCCAUUAACAUUUAUUAUACUUCGCGUACCAUUAUUCAAAACGAAGCUCAAAUAGCUAUGUUAAAGAAAGUGCUCAACAAACCGCUAUGCGUGGCACAUGAGAAAAUUGUUCAAAGACUUCGACGAUUAACGAAAGACCUCAAUUACGUGCGGAUGUCCGUGGAUCGUGAUGUAGCCAUGGCAAGAAUCAUCGACGACCAUUCCGAUAAUCUACGAAAACUUCUCCGAGAAGUUGAGUUGAUUACGAGAUCGAACUUGGACGAUGAUAGGCUUAAACGGCUCAGCGGAGACGAGCCGAAAGCAUCAACAAUUGUCUGCCCGGAACAUUAUAGAGGAUCAAUGUUUGGUUAUCCGUUUUAUAGACAAGGCUUUGAAAUGGAAGACUGUUCCCUAAGAAAAGACUUAAAAAUGCACGUGACAUUAAUUUUUGAUGACUUAUUGGUGACAAAGUUAACGGGUCAUUUAGCCUUGCAAACUAACCAAUCAGGUGAAAACAGCCACUUCAAUUGGUUUCUUGAAUUUUUUGAUAGCGUACAUCGUUUAUAUCCCGGAGUCAGAACGCAUUUUAUUUUAGGGAAGAACUGGAACCAACGCUCCUUUGAAGCGAUAAACAAUAGGGCGACUGCCAAAUUAUACAAAAAAGCUUCAUUUUAUUCUUUAAGAGAGAAUGUGUUCAGUAAAGCAGAACUUCUUCAGAACAUAAUAGAUGGAGUAAACACAGAGUAUGUUUUAAUUGUACCUCAUGUAACCCACUUCACAGAAGAUGUGAACCUUGAAAGGCUCCUAAGAGUUCUUUCAACUCGUGGAAAAACCUUUUUUGCUGGUGGCAGCUAUAGAAAUUUAACGGGUCACUGGUCAAAUGGUUGUCUUCAAACGCAGCUCAAAAAUUAUACCUUGACUUACAGGUCCGGCUAUUAUCACUCUAUUGACGAGUGUUUGGUUUGCGACCACCUGUCGGGUCCAUUUCUCGCAAAAACUUCUGCACUUAGAGAUAUUGGCUUUAAGCUUAAUAGUGGACACGGAACUUACCGAGAUUUAUUUUUGAGAGUAAAGGAUCGAUAUAGCAGAUCUCAUCAGGGUGCGACCGGUUAUGGUAUUCAAGCUACAGUAGUGAGUUGCCCGGAUGUUAUGUUUCAUGUGAAGAAUCCUUACGUGGACGAUGAGGAACUGGUCGACUUUGCAAACAAGCAUGAAAUUAAAAAGAUAGUCGAAGAAGACGGCAGAAACAGGUGGUUCGGUUGUCGAAGGGGAAUAAAACAUCGUAAUGGUGAAAAGUGUCCGAUAAAGUCGGGGCUUGCUGUUCCGCCAUGUUGUCUGGAGAACUUAGCUGAGGCAAUUAUAUUUAUCAUGUCCCAAUGUCGCGAGAACAAUGCAUCAUGCGAACUUCAAGAAGGGACUUUAUUAGGUGCUGUUAAGCUAAACAAAGUGUUACCUUGGGAAAGAGAUGCUGAUAUAACGUUUCUAACGGCGGAUUUUCCGAAGCUUGUCAAGCUACAAGACGUGUUUAUCAAACAGGGAUAUUUAAUUACUACUAUCAGUAAGUAUAAUAACUCAAGAGUGUUGUUGGCAAGUCUUAAGAGGCGUAUUAAAUCUUAUUAAUCAAACAGAGAUUGUCGCACAGAUGGGUAGAGAUGGGUAGUCUAACAGCGACUAUAGUCUUCUGAUUGUUCGAGUAGAAGUCUACAGUUAAAACUACUGUAAUUUUUUCGUUCCUAGAGCAACCAUGGUGUUGCGUGGAAGACAGUUUAGCCGGAGGAAAAAUCGAGUUGCUUGCGGACGGUUGGUCCAUUCAGAUGUAUGGUCAGCACAGGAUGAGCCCGAAAGGAACCAACACCAAUGGGCUCCAGCCAACAAAGAUCCAUUUCAGCAACAGCUGGCUCAAUGCACCUUUCAAUCCAGGCCUUUAUGCUAGAAACCGCUAUGGGAAAGAAGUAUACAAGCAUGCGGAACACUGGCUUUCCACAGGCAAACAGUCUGGCUGGGACGCAUACGAGACUGGGGUCUUUAGUUCAUGCCCUGUAAAAGGAUUUCACGGUUGUCUUGAUCAGUAUCAGCCUGACGGGUCAAUACAGUUCGAAAAUCAGUGUUAA